GGCGGGGCACUGAAGAAUUUGACCUACUUCAGAAUCAAAACAAGAGCACAUUUGUGUCAAUUGUCACGACCAGAAAAGUCUGAUUGAGUUUAUAAUCGUUACCGUUAUCUAAACGGAAUCGGAGCAAACGAAGGUGUCGAUCAAGAGAUUUGAGAAGAGAUAAAGAUGGUAUUUGGACUGUUUAGUUCCCCUGUUCUUUACAAGGGCCAAGACUAUGCUGCACUACGCAAAGAGCACCAAGAUUCAGGUCACCUCUACAUCGACAACCAGUUCCCCCCUGAUGAUAAAUCCCUGGGUCCCAGCGGGGGUAAAGGGGGUCAUGUAGAGUGGAAACGACCAAAGGAUAUAGUGACGGACCCAAAAUUGUUUGUUGGUGGGACAGAGAGCGGUGAUGUCACACAAGGGUCACUAGGCAACUGUUGGUUUGUUGCCUCAUGCAGUUGUUUGGCUCAAGAGAAAGAAGUGUGGCAGAAGGUGAUACCAGACCACAAGGAUCAAGAAUGGGAUGCGGAACAUCCAGAAAAAUACUGCGGCAUCUUUCACUUUAAUUUCUGGAGGUAUGGUGAGUGGAUCGAUGUGGUGAUAGAUGAUUUCCUACCAACCGUCAAUGGAAAACUUGUCUACGUACAUUCGAAGAGCAAGAAUGAGUUCUGGAGCGCUCUCUUGGAGAAAGCUUAUGCAAAACUUUUCGGAUCUUAUGAAGCUUUAGAUGGAGGUGAGUUAUCAGAAGCCCUUGAGGAUUUUACAGGGGGUGUGUCAUGGCCGAUCAACAUGGUGGAAGAAAAUUAUGCUGGAGAUGAGGAAAAAAGAAAUGAACUUUUCCGCAUCAUGAGCAAAGAAAUGGAUAGAAGGUCCUUAAUGGCAGCUGCAAUUCCUGCUACAUCCGCUGAUGAGAUGGAGGCCACAACAGAUGUUGGACUAGUAAAAGGUCAUGCUUAUGGUAUCACAGCUGUUAAAAAGGUUGCAGUAGAAGGCACUGGGCUGUUUGGACUUUUCAAUCAAGAGAAGAUGCAGAUGAUCAGACUCAGGAAUCCAUGGGGGAAGUGUGAGUGGAAUGGUGCAUUCAGUGAUGGGUCCAAAGAAUGGGAGAAGAUUGAAAAAGCAGAUAGGGAUAAAAUUGGACUUACUUUUGAUGACGAUGGUGAAUUCUGGAUGUUGUUCACAGACUACUGCAAGUAUUUCAAGAAUAUGUCAAUCUGUCGUGUCGUCAACACAAGCUUCUUCAGCUUACAUAAGAAAUACUACGAGUCUGUGUUCCAUGGAGAGUGGAAAGCACCUAACAGAGCAGGAGGGUGUUUAAACAACAAAGAAACAUGGCUACGCAAUCCACAAUAUGUAUUCAAAAUAACGGAAGACGAAGAUGAAGAUGUGCUGAUAUCACUCAUGCAGAAGUCUCAGAGAGGAAAUGGAAUCCAAAAGCAAACGAUAGGAUUUACAAUAAUGAAGGUUGAGGAGAAUCGAGAAUAUCGUAUGCAUAAACCACAAGAGAUCAUCAAAUCCUCAUCAUUUAAGAACAGUCGGAGUAUUUUCCUGCGGCUAACUCUCAAACGUGGUACAUAUGUUGUGUUGCCGUGUGGGUUCGAACCAAACCAAGUUGGGAAUUACCUGUUCAGAGUCUACACUAGUUACACCAACCAUUGCAAAGAAUUGACUGAAGAUAAACCAACUAAGGGAUGUGCCUGGUGUCUUUGUGCUCUGUGUUCAUGUUUCUGGAGAUGUCGCUACCCACAGAUGGUAACGAGGAUCAAAGUAAUCCGUGCAACUGGCUUGGAAAGACAAGACAAAGUUGGAGGUGCAGACCCAUAUGCCAUAGUGCACUGUGAGGGACAACAGUAUUACACUCCAGUAGUUAAAGAUACAACCAAUCCUGAAUGGGGAACAUCAGUGAUAUUAUACAGGAAGAAUCCAGUGCAGAAACCCAUUAAAGUAGUGAUUUGGAAUAGCAAUGUAAUAAAAGAUGAUUAUAUGGGAAAACACAUAUUCCUUGCCAGAGAUAACAGCGAAGGGAAAGUCUUGGAGGUUGAUCUCCAGGGGCCGAAGAAACAAAACAAUGAGAAACGGCCUGGCAAAAUGUGGGUAGAGAUGUCUACCAAUACUGACUUGGCGCAUUUUUAAUUUGCCUGCUUCACUGUAUGUAUAUGGACUUCAUUAACAUGUGGCUUGCCAGUGAAUUGUGUAUUGUCUACGUAGCCAUGGCAAUAAAUCUAAAGAGCGAUGGAAGGGAAUAGGAGGAGGGGUCUAUUAGGUCAAAGAAACAAUACCAUGGUGAAAAGACCUGGCACAAUAUUGGUAGAGAAAUGCACCAAAAUUGAUUUGGUAUAUUUUUUAAUUCAUUGACCGUGCUAUAUGUAAUACACUUGAGAAGGGUAUGUAAUUGAAUUUUGGGGUCUGCCAGAUUUCUUUGGUAUAUUUUUCUGUUGUAUAUCUCACAUCCUAAGGGGUCUUUUUAAUCAAUUUCCCUAAACUCAAUAUAAAUUAGGGCAAAUAUGAAUUAUAAUAUCAUACAUAAUUCUGAGGCUACAUAAACAUAU